GUUUGAGCAGACUGUCACUUCUGGGAUCCAGACACAAGUAUUAGCAGACAUGAACGCAAAAUAUUCCAUUGCCCUGAUACUGGCUCUGCAGGUGUCUAUGAGCUUGUGUGAUAUUCCGGAGCCAGAUAAGGAUCUUGUGGAUAAAUAUAAGAACAUGAAGACUACCUUUUACCAGCGGCUGCUCACUGCAUACGACAAGGUUCAUGAGGUUGCUGCCCCCGUGAUUGAGAAACUUGGAGAGGGCCCACAGGGGACAGCAGCAAAAGAGCUCUUGGAAGAUAUAAAGGACAAGCCAGAGCUCCAGGCAAUCGUCAAGGUUGGCAGUGGCUUGGUUCAAGAGAUUGGGCCCCUGGUAGACAAGGCCCGCAAUACCGCCCUGGGCAUCUACGGACACUACGUACGCCCAACAUUCGGCCAGUUUUUGAGCGACAUCAUCGACAACAUCAAGAUCCACUUGGACAAGUUCCUGCCCAUCCACUAAGUAGCUACAUCUGCUUUUUCCAGAAGCCAAAAAAAAGAGACCGCGUAGCUCUUCCAAGUCCAGAGGAGCACUGACCAUGGUUUCAUAACAAACUCACCAACACCAUCCACACCAAAUAUAUUCAGUGUGAAACAUGUUUGUGACUGGCACAGCAACAGUAGUCAUUGUAUGAUUGUGUGCGUUUGUAUCUGUGAGUGUGUGCAAUAAAAUGAACAGGGGGAAAAAAAAAUGGCUGAUUGUUUAAACUUAAUCUUGAUUUCGUUUCAUAAUUAGACCACAAAAAUACUGCAACCAAUCACAUUUUUCAAACAUUAUUCUAACAACUUUUAACCCUUAUCGCCCAUCAUUGUGAAAUUCAUAGGUUUCUAUUUGGUCACACAUUCAUGGAUACAAUUAUUCUUUUUCCAUUCUUUGAAGUGAAUCAUCUUUUUUUGCUGAGUAAUUAAAAAGAAAUAAUUAAAAACAAACAAAUAAAUAAAUAAUCGAACAAGGAAUUGGUCUCCGGUAGUUGGC